CUUCCUUCAAUCAAGCUUCAGAUUCGUUUUUCGCCGAGAUUGGUUCAAAUAUUCAGCUUCUGCUUCAGAUUCGUCCUACAGCUAUGUUCAUUCAAACUUCAAAAUCCAGGGUAAUCUCAAUUUGAUAACACAAGCAUUGGAAGCAGUUAGUUGUCGGAUGGAGGUGAUACUAGAUCCAACAACUGUUCAUUUCCAUCUACCGAACCACCUCCUUGUUCGAGUGCACAGAGAGUAUGACAAAUUCAUUGAAGAACUUACGAGUUAUUUUCCCCAUGAAAAGGACGGUAUCCUCAAAUUCUAUGGUGAAUGCUGGAAGAUUUUCAAUGCCUUGAAUUCAUUGGAGUUGAAGUCGCUAGAGGAGCCACUCUACCUUUUUGGACAGUUUUUUCAGAAGCCGCUUGAAUGCUUGACAAUAGCCUAUUAUUUGCUUCAAAAUGCUGGAGCCAUAGCCCGGAAGUAUAUUCAGGAUCCACAAUUGUUGUCUUUCAUAGACGCAGAGGUAGGGACACCAAAGACACAUCGACGAUACCUAGCCCGCGAUGAGGGUACUUAUGGACCAAUGCCGUGCAGCAUUCCAAAGGGAUUAUUAGGAAUGCCAUUUAAUACAACUAGCAUAGACGGUCUUUACUGUGUUGGAGACAGAGUCUUCCCUGGACAAUGUGUUAUUGCUGUAGCUUUCUCUGGAGUUAUGUGCGCUCAUCAAGUAGCUGCAGAUAUUGAUAAAGAGUUGGUUUCAGACUAAGCUCCAAGACUCGCCACAAGUCCCUAAAAAUGAAUUGGUUUCUCCACAAGGUCCUCAAUGUAAGGAAG